AAACGAAGAUGAAUGACCUCAUCAGCCUUCCGACAGAAGUGAAGUGUGAUGACGAUGCAUUCCAGAGGCCAAGUGCCGGCGACCUAAGGUAUGCCAGGUACCUCCGAUGGACCAAAAAGGAGCGCUAAAAAUCCGGGGUACCGCAGCGAGCAGCCACUCACAAGACCGCCCACGCUGGCUGACCUCCACCCAACCUCUUCUCCUCCACACUUUGCCUUUGCUCGUUGGCAUAUGACCGCGACACUCCGCAGUCCGCUCCCUCACGAGACCAAAAAGCUUGACGGAGACCAUCUUGGGGUCUGGGUCUCGGUCUCUGUCCCAGCCUCAGUCCCGGUUUGGACCAGUCCUGUGCCACUUGAUUGCCGCCAUCCGACGCCUAGCAAUAGGGCCCCAACAAAAAAACACAGCCUGCGCCAUGCGUGGCUCUUGACGGACUGCACGCUCAAGCGCUGCCCGCUCAUCGCCUCAUACUCAUCCUGAAGCACUCACAGUCGGCUUCGCCAUCACAUACAUACGAAUCGACUGGCCGCUGCUCGCUACUGCGGCGCUCGGCGCUUCAAUUGACAGCUCGUCGUCGCUGGAUC